GUCAUGCGGCGGCGUUCGGACGUCAGAGGUAAACAACACGAUGGCCGGCGGAGGAAGACGCGAAAUUCUCUCCCUCUAUAAAUCGCUACUGAGAGAGAGCAUGAAGUUCCCUGCUUAUAAUUUCAGAGAAUAUGCACUUCGGAGAGUUCGAGAUGGAUUUAAAAUUGGCAAAAAUAUUACCAACGAAGCUGAGCAACAGAGAGAAAUACAAGUGGCUAGAGAAUCUUUAGACGUGAUAAGGAGACAAGUUGUAAUUGGUCAUCUUUACACCCCCCCAAAUCUUGUAAUCGAAAAGUAGCAUGCAACACAAAACGGAAAAUUGCGUUUUUUAUUUGUUUUUCAGGUUGUUAAGAUAAGAAUAGUAAAUUACUCACCAUUGUUUCAUACACAAGUUAUUUUUUUUUUUUUUUGUCUAUGUACUGAUACAAACUCUAUUAUAAUAAACAGAUAAAGGAAAUGUGCGGUUGGUGUCCCUUUAAACAGAGUAAAGUUUAAGGAAAAGGCUCAAGAUAUGCUACCUAAUAUAUUUAUUAGUCACCUUGUUGUCUUUCCCUUUUUCUUUUUGUAUACAAUUCAUAAGCAGUAUUUAGAAUACAUCUUUAUUUUCUAGAAAUCAUAUGAAAACUUUUAACAGGCCUUAUAAUUAAACAGUUAUCCCAAAGUAAAUGUACACUUUAAAUGCAUGUUCUAAUGCAGUAUAUGCUCACUGUGCCUUUCUGAAGAGGCAGAUAUUCAAGCUGGAUGGUGAAAAUCACAUGUAUAAAAUAAAAAGUACUUCCUAUGAUUUUUCACCAAAAUGUACAUAGCAAUUCUUUUAAGUAGAGACUAAUUUAAGCUUUGAUUUUGUCAAUGCACAGAAUAAUUGUUAUUUAUUUUUUCCCUGAAAAUAAAACUGUAUUGUUGAAGUUUUAUACAAGUAUAUGUUCCGUUUCUUGAUUUUGAAUAUAAAUAAAUGUAUAUAAAUAUAAA